AUGGUCUCAUUGAUUACGCUGCCUUUGCUACGACAAUGUGGGCAGUUCGCAAGUCACAGUUCCCCAAUGAUUAAAAGGAAUAUUUUUAUCGAAUCGAAAAAGAAUGGGGAUGUGGUUUUAUCUUAA